CAAAAUAUGCGGCAAAUGUAAGAAAGUAUGGAUGAAAACAUCCCCUGGGUCAAAAGAACAUCUGUAGUAUGCUGUGCCACAAUCAUCAUUUCUUAUUUGAAGAUAUUCUACCUUUUUCCUUCAAAUUUCCCCACCAGUCCCCUCUAGCUAAUAUAGCUGUAUGAGGAGGGAGAAUCAGAGCAGCGUGUCUGAAUUCCUCCUCCUGGGCUUCCCCUUCCGGCGGGAGCAGCAGAGCAUGUUCUUUGCCCUGUUCCUGGUCAUAUACCUCACCACUGUGCUGGGGAACCUGCUCAUCAUCGUGCUUAUCAGAGGGGACUCUCGCCUGCACACUCCCAUCUACUUCUUCCUCAGCCACUUGGCCCUCACUGAUACCACUUUUUCAUCUGUAACUGUUCCAAAGAUGCUGAUGAACAUGCAGACCCAGCACCUAUCCAUCUCUUAUGAAGGGUGCAUUUCACAGACAUAUUUUUUCAAACUCCUUGCUGAUUUGGACAGUUUCCUUAUCACUUCAAUGGCCUAUGACAGGUAUGUGGCUAUCUGUCACCCUCUCCACUAUAUCACCAUCAUGAGUCAGAGCCUUUGUGUGAUGCUGGUGGCUGGGUCCUAGGUCACUGCUUGUGCUUGUGCUCUUUUGCACACCCUUCUCCUUGCCUGGCUGUCUUUCUUUGCUGAUGACACCAUCCCCCACUUCUUCUGUGACCUCGCUGCUCUGCUUAAAUUGUCCUGCUCAGACACCUCUAUCAACCAAUUGGUAAUCUUUACUGCAGGACUGACAGCCAUUAUUCUUCCAUUCUUAUGUACCCUGGUUUCUUAUGGCCAUAUUGGAGUCACCAUCCUUCAGGUUCCUUCUACCAAUGGUAUCUGCAAAGCCUUGUCUACUUGUGGAUCCCAUCUCUCAGUGGUGACUCUCUAUUACGGGGCAAUUUUUGGUCUAUGUUUUCUUCCCUCAUCUGGCAACACCAUAGACAAGAACAUAAUUGCUUCUAUGUUGUACACAGUGAUCACCCCCAUGUUGAACCCAUUCAUUUAUAGCCUGAGAAAUAAAGAAAUGAAAGGAGCCUUGAGAAAACUCUUUAGUAAGAAAAUAUAUUCUUCCAACUGA